AUGGCAGCACCAUCACAGGCCCUCGCUGAGGGCCAGUCUAUUCCUUCCAUUGAAGGGUUGACUUUACAUUCGACCAACGAGCAGUCCAAGUUCCCCGGCUGUUAUCCGUCCCUGAACCCCGUCGACAUCUACCGUGAACACAUCUCCGAGAAAUUGGCGGAGGUAACUGGUAUCGAUCCGCAAAUGAUAUACACCAAGCUGGCAUGGACAAACAGUCUUGACAAGGGUGACUUGAAUCUCCCAGUCGCCGCUUUACAGAUCAAGGGAAAGAAGCCCCAGGACCUUGCCGUCGAGUUGGCAGAAAAGUUCCCCGAAUCAGACUUGGUGGAGAAGCCGACUACGUUUGGCGUCCAUCUUCAGUUCUUCUUCAAGCCAGGACCUCUCACCAAGACGGUCAUCAGCCGAAUCCUUGAGAACAAAUCCACAUACGGAACCAAUGGUAACUUGGGUCUUCGAGACCCCUCCGACCCAUCCAAGGGAAAGAAGAAGGUGAUUGUCGAGUUUUCGUCGCCGAAUAUCGCCAAACCAUUCCAUGCUGGUCACUUGCGUAGUACGAUCAUCGGAGGUUUCAUUGCAAACCUAUUCACAAUCACCGGAUGGGAGGUUAUCAGAAUGAACUAUCUUGGUGACUGGGGAAAGCAGUACGGUCUUCUUGCCAACGGUUUCGAACGAUACGGUAGCGAAGAAGCUCUUCUCAAGGAUCCCAUCAACCAUUUGUUCGAUGUCUACGUCAAGAUCAACAAGGAUAUGGCAGUGCAAGAAGGCCCCAUCAAGGAGCUGCGGGAAACAAUCAAACAAAAAAAGGAGAAGAAUGAGGAUGUCUCUGCUGAAGAAGCCGAGCUCUCAAAGUUGGUCGACGCUAGUGACGAUGAAAAGGCCCGUCGCUACUUCAAGAGCAUGGAAGACGGUGAUCCAAAGGCGCUCGCUCUGUGGAAACGGUUCCGUGAUUUGAGUAUCGAAAAAUAUAAACAGAUCUACGCUCGUCUCAAUAUCGACUUUGACGUCUAUUCCGGUGAAUCCCAAGUCUUGCCUGAGAGUCUCAAGAAAGCUUAUGAAACCAUGGAAAAAUCCGGUGUAUCUGAAAAGUCAGAGGGCGCCGUGAUCGUUGACUUCACGAAGCACAAAUUCAAGAAGCUCGGUAAGGCCAUCGUUAUUCGAAAGGACGGCACCCCUCUAUACCUUACCCGAGACAUUGGCGCUAUUGUAGAACGUCAUGACAAAUACCAAUUCGACAAGAUGAUCUAUGUUGUUGCAAACCAGCAAGAUUUGCACUUGGCCCAACUUUUCAAGGUCACGGAGUUGAUGGGCCACAAGGACAUUGCCGACAAAUGCCAUCAUAUUAACUUCGGUAUGGUGCGAGGAAUGAGUACCCGAAAGGGAACAGUGAAGUUCUUGGAUGAUAUUUUGCGCGACGUUGCGGAUAAGAUGCACGAGGUCAUGAAGAGAAAUGAGGACAAAUACGUGCAAGUGGACGACCCUCUCGCAACCUCGGACACCCUCGGUAUUACUGCCGUUAUGGUGCAGGACAUGUCUGGAAAGCGUGUCAACGGUUAUGACUUUAACCUCGAAGCCAUGACUUCCUUUGAGGGUGACACAGGCCCCUACCUACAAUAUGCCCAUGCUCGUCUCUCCUCUAUCAUCCGCAAGGCCGAAAUAAAUCCCGAAGAUCUACCCAAGGCCGAUCUUUCAAUCCUCACUGAACAGCACGCCAUUGAUCUUGCGCGAUACUUGGCUCAAUGGCCGGAUGUGGUCCUCAACACCGUUAAGACCCUCGAACCUACUACGGUCCUUACAUAUCUGUUCCGUAUGACACAUAUGCUCAGCUCGAGUUACGACAUUUUGCGUAUCGUUGGCCGAGAGGAGAAGGUCGCCUUGGCGCGUAUGGCUUUGUAUGCCUCGGCGCGACAAGUGCUUUACAACGGUAUGAAGUUGUUGGGACUGAAUCCUGUUGAACGAAUGUAA